AUGGCGUCCAAAUUGCUGCUGGUGACUGUUUUUGUCUUAGAUUUGGUUGCCUUUUCACUUGCUGUGGCUGCUGAGCAGCGGAGAUCCUCUGCGAGGUUGGCCAUCGAUGCAAACACUAACCACUGUGUUUACGAGUCGGACAUAGCAACUGGUUUAGGCGUGGGCUCGUUUUUGCUCCUUUUGGCCAGUCAGCUACUGAUAAUGGUCGCUAGUCGAUGUUUGUGCUGUGGGCGGGCUUUAAGGCCUGGUCGCUCGAGGGUUUGGGCAAUUGUUUUGUUCAUCACUUGCUGGGUGACAUUCAUGAUUGCUGAGAUUUGCUUGCUGGCUGGUUCUGUAAGAAACGCUUAUCACACUAAGUACAGAACAUACAUUACGCAAAAUCCUCCUUCUUGCGAGACUUUGAGGAAGGGCGUGUUUGGCGCGGGGGCUGCAUGCAUAGUGUUUACUGGGAUUCUAUCCGAGCUUUACUACGUGAGCUACUCGAAAACGGGUGAUGGGUUCGUGCCACAAAGUCGUGAUACGGGCAUAAGGAUGGGACAAAUUUAG